GCAGCUUACUCUCAGUCAUGCCCCGCGGGCCUUGGAUCCCAUAAUAAUUUCCUUUUCCUUUCUUCUCUCGUUGUAAAUAUCCAUCGUCAUGCGGGUCCAUGUCUACCUUUCAGUCGCUCUAUAUGCCGCCCUAGUACCAGCAGUCAUCGUCCCCGCCAACGAGCGGUGUGUCACAUCCAUCACCACGGCCUAUGGAUAUAUAACUUUCACCGGCUCUACCUCACGGAAGGGGUUCGGGCCACAAUGCCAGAAUCGUCUCAAGGUCACGUCUAUCUACGCUUCUUCAGACGUGUAUUGCAAACCCGCGGAGCGAUCAGCUGGGAUCUCACAACUUGAAGCCCUCUGUAGGGAGAGCGGUCUAGAGCUGAUCCCCAGGGACCAGCUCGCCGAGAACCUCACAGAUGAUGCUAUUAGCCGUAUGCGUACGGUGGACUUCCUCGAGCUGCCACUGUCCGAACCUGUCGACACUCCUGUGCUUUUAUCCCCUUCACAUUAUCGCAGCGUCUUCAAAACAAUAGAUACUUGGGCGUUUGAGAGCUGGACGCAUUAUGCAUAUGGAUACCUUGGCUACCUUUACUGGGCUUGUAUAUUGUUUGUAGGGAUGGCCAACCAUAUGUUGCAAUCUUUGUUCACAUCUAGAUACGAUCAACUACCACAAGGCGCAAGGCUGUCACGGAACUCCCCCGUUCGACGAAUAUAUCACUUGUUCGAGACCCAUUUUCUUGUUCCAACAACCAUACCAUCCCGCGGGCGCAAAUUCCUCUGCUGGACAUUCUCAACCCGAAGAGACGCGCUUAUUUCUCUGGGAUUCUGGGUGCUGAGUACAGUGGCGUGCCUAGUGAGCUAUCGCCUGUUCCCGGAAAAUAUAUACUGGCCGGACGAGUCUGCACAACUUCUUCGAUACAUGGCCGACCGGACUGGAAUCGUAUCGUUUGCCAAUCUCCCUCUAUUAUGGCUCUUCGCAGGGCGCAACAAUAUAUGCGCUUGGGCAACCGGGUGGAAUUUCGCGACUUUCAACAUAUUCCAUCGCCACGUCGCAUGGAUAGCGACCAUCCAGGCUGUUGCUCAUACAGUGCUUUACCUGAUUCUCUUUUUCCAGAGUUCGUCUCCCCUGGAUACUACGAACGAGUAUCUAACUGCUAUUCCAGAUUCCGAUCCUUGGAGGAAGCUCCAGAAGCCGUAUCUCAUAUGGGGAACUCUUGCCACUGUUUUGAUGGUGCUCAUCCUACCGGCGGCAGUCAAAUGGUUCCGUCAUAGAUCGUAUGAGACCUUUCUUAUCAUCCAUAUAGUUUUCUCCAUUGGCCUUCUCGUCGGCUGUUUCUACCACACCAUAAUUUUUGAAGGCCAGGAAUACUGGUUCUAUCUUUGGCUGCCCGUUGGAAUCUGGGCUUUCGAUCGGGCCCUGCGAAUUAUUCGUCUGCUGUAUUGCAACCUCCAUGUUCAGCUCAAUUCAGCAGGACAGGUGCAGCGUACCACAAGCACAGCGACAUACGAUAAAGCAGCCGACUUGAUCCGGCUGGAGGUUUCACCUGGUGCAAGCUCCCUGCAACCCCGACCUGGUCAAUAUUACUUCCUCUACCAGCCAUUCCGGCUGACUGGCUGGGAGAGCCACCCGUUCACCCUCGGUUGCUGGUCAUGCGAAUUAGGACAGAAUGGAUCGACGCCAGGGACUCCAAGGUCCAAGAGCGACGAACGCGUAGACGUCUCCCAAAUUCCUCUCCUCUCCGACGAAUCUUCUGGCAGUCGAUCACCGGAUGGCCGACUGCAACAGACAGCCAGUGCGUCUCGCGAACUGCGACUGGUGUUCUGGAUCCGACCCUACGAUGGCUGGACCCGGCAUCUGCAGCAGAAAUGCAUGAAGUCGCCCGACCAAGCAACCAACGCCACAAUUUUCUUGGAGGGCCCCUACGGCCGAGAAUUCCCCCUUUGGAGCUACGACUCCGUCCUCCUAAUCGCCGGCGGCACAGGUAUUGCCUCUGCCGUACCCUACAUCCACGACCACAUUACGCGGUCUUCCACUUCCCCAUCCACAUCAUCCGACGAAGAAGCCACCAAAACUCGCAUCCAAGACAUGAAUCUCGUCUGGGUUACGCGGCAGCCCGCAUUCAUAGAUCAACUCGCCUCAACCGAGCUCAGCACCGCCUUAUACCGGGACGACUUCCGUGCCUCAUUCUACGCUACAUCGCCCCUUGCGCGAUGGCAACGCGGGUCCAGACCUGGCCCAGGCCCAUACCCAGACCCAGCCGAACUUUCCACCGACGAGACCGCCACCGCUGUGGAUCUCCCUACAGUAACUGACAAGGACAUUGAUAUUAAUCAAGGCCGACCGAAUCUGGAAAAGAUCAUUUCGGUCUUUGCUGAGGAGGCGCAUCACGCUGAUUCGUCUGCGGCCGUGCUCGUUUGCGGGCCGCAGAAAAUGGCGGACGAGGCGCGCGCGGCGGUGUACCUUGCUAUGCGCCGGGGGUAUGCCUUGAGAUAUGUUGAGGAGUCGUUUACUUGGUAGUUGAGCCGGUUGUUCGACAAAUACAGCAAGGAAGGAUUUAGCCAGUUGCAGCUUAUUACGGUUUUGCAUUUACCGAGGCCAUGAAGACAGGAUUUCACGAUUAGACGUAUAUAAGCUGUGAUAUAGAAGACAUAGAACGGAAUAUAGCACUUGCGUAUGCUAGAUAUCGCACAUAUCCUGCGGACAACAUCACCCCGAUUCCUGUUCAGUUGCCUCUCGAGCAUGGCAGUGUGCCGGAGUAGAGCUUUGUCCGACCCCGGUCAGGGGCAGGAGGCUGAAGGAAAAGCCAGUCAAACUAUGGAAUCAGAGCUGCAGAAUGUUCACCGA